CUUUAAAAACGGCAACUUUACAGGCUCGUAAACAACACUGAGCCGAGGACAAGAAAGACGACAUUAAUAACUGAACACCGCACAUUUUCCAGCUCUUCAGAGUUGAACGUUUAUCCGCUGUUGCUCCAGAAGUUUUCUGUUCGCUGACAAAAUGAGCAACCACGUUGAUGUGAAAAACAUUGAACCGACCACUUUUGAGGACCGCUACUACGAUGAAUAUGAAUAUUAUAACUUAACAGACCGUCAUACCGAGUGCGCUAGUCGCAAGGGCAGGACGAAGAAGGAGGCGAGCUGUAACACGAACAGACCCAACCCAGCGGGACACGAGCGCAAGAUCCUGGAGAAACUCCAGAACGCGGAGAAGAAAGCCAAAGAGUGACGCAGAUAUUCAAUCGGACGGCUAUUACUGGCAACCGACCACAGGUGUCUCUGCGGGAAACGGGCGCUGAGCUGCAGCAGGAGUGACUACACGCACCCCUGCCUCAGGACGAGAUGAGCGGCCCGGGGACUCGGUGUCGAGCGCACCGCUCCGUGUGUGUGUGGUGGGCCUUGCGAGCACCUGUUCAGGGGAACCGAUAUGCUUGUGAUGUUGAAUGUAUAGGUUUUAAACGGGAGCUUUGAACACGUUUGGUGUUUUGGUACAUUUUAAAAGUUCUUCUUUUAAUAAACACCACUUUUUUCCA